CAGGCUAUCGGAGCUGCCAAAAAUGCCGUACGGAUGGCGAGAAUAGCCAAAUUCUACGAAAAGCUUCCGAAAGGAUCUGCACCACAACGAGCACCGAGCGGACCGCUAGGCUGGUAUCAAGCAAAAUAUUUCGGCAAGAAUCCGUCAGCAGCUCCCAUCUGGCACGUCAUUUUCGGAAUCAUGGCAAUGGGCUACAGCAUGGAGUACUAUUUCCAUCUG